GGAGUUUAUAGACGGUCCCUGGAUCCAAACAAGAGCGUACUCGUGAAAACUUGCAAGAAGAGCGAUCGAGGAGGAAGCAGAGGACUCGGUAGAUAAGAGAAGAAAAGCACUUUCGUUCUGAAGCUGCGACCUGUGCUGUAUAUAAAUAUUGAUGUCGAAAAAGAAGGUUCUCGUUUUAAAACCAUGUACAUAGACUUAAUCUGGUGGACGUCUGCGCUAGCUGGUCCAGUGCAGCAUCGCCGACAGUGAAGACUCUCUGUGCACAGCUACUGUAUAAAGUAUGGAUGACGCAGAAGCGAAGAGUGCUAUCAAACGCGAUAGGCACUACUCAAACUGGAUGUCUGAGCUGCCUGAAAAACUCUGGGACGUGCCUCUGUGCUUUCUGGCAAUACCAGGAAGCCAUGAUACCAUGAGCUAUUGCUUGGAUAUGAACUCCCCGCUCCAGAGAUCAGAGCCGUUCUUGCUGAAGGUGCUGGACUGCCUUAUGCCCUGUUUCACGCGGCCUUGUAUCUACAAAUGGGGAACGACUCAGGACCAUUGCAUUGCCGAGCAACUGGAAGCAGGGGUACGCUUCUUUGAUCUACGGAUAGUUCACAAGCAAUGUGACUGCUCCAACACGCUGUAUUUUGCACAUGGCAUUUACAGUGUCAUAACUGUGCAGGAGGCUCUUAAAGAUUUUGCCGACUGGCUAAAGUCUCAUCCGAAAGAGGUUAUCAUUUUGAAUUGUUCCCAUUUUGAAGGACUUAGCCAUGACCAUCAUGAGCACCUAAUCUUCUUUAUGAAGAACCUGUUUGGAAACAAAAUCUGCCCCCGCUCGGAAAUCUUAAGGCUAAGGAAUCUGUGGAGUCUGGGUUAUCAGGUCAUCAUUUCCUAUGAUGAUACAGAAUCUACUCAAGAACAUAAGGAAUUGUGGGACCCCAUCCAAUACUGGUGGGCAGACCGAGUGGAAGCACAAGGUGUGAUUCAGUAUUUAGAGGAUCAGAAGGAAAACGGACGACCAGGAGAUUUAUUUGUAGCUGGUCUUAACCUUACAGAGGACACAAAAUACAUCAUCCUGCAUCCCUGGGAGUCAAUGAGGAGCCUGACACUGAAGAGUUACUCCCUUUUUUUGGACUGGAUUGAAAAGCAGUCCCCUGGAUCAGGCAGAACUUGCUUAAACAUUUUUUGUGGGGAUUUUGUUGGAAUUAAUAAUUUUGUUCCCAUUGUCAUUGAUCUGAACAGAAAACUGGUGGACGCAGAUAUGAUCAUCAGAUCCUAAACUGAUGAUUAAACGCAAAUAUCGGAUUCCGUCUUCAAAUCAGCUUUGUGAUAUUGGCAGAGACACAAGAGAUAAAGAGAAUAUCAGACGCUUAAAUUCUCAGUAAUGCAAAAUGCAACCAUGCGUCUAGUAUCAGAAAGCCCCAUAGUCCAGCCAGGGUCAUAGCAACUCAAAACCAGUCCUCAAAACCUCACAACUCUAAAACCCUCUAGGUGGUGUCUGUGCUUGGCCGAGGAGCCAACAGUGCAAAGUUUCCAUCUGUGGGAUUAUAACUAAAUGCCUCUAAAUCAGAAUCCUGUUUAAUCUAGUACACCAUGGACAGCAUCAUAGUCCACUGCAGGACACACACAAGCACAAUCUCCUGUUCGUUAUUGCAUCUGGGGUCAUCUCGUCUGUCUGGUACAUGUAAAGUCGAUAACACGUUUGCACAGCUCCGGCUCCUGUUUUUUCAUUCUGUUUAAAGGAGACAAUCAUUGAACGUCCCCUUAAAUUAGCUUCAGAUUCACCUCGGGAGGCACUGCUACUGCCUGUCAACAUUUAGAUUAUUCCGGAGCUGCCUACAGGUAUUAGCAGUUUAUUUGCUGCUGAUCUUUAUAUGUCACAAAAAGUCUUUCUGAUGCUUUUUUCUUGUCCUUUGGGUUAUUUUUCUUUGCCUGUCAGCCUCCAACACUGGAGUACCGCAGGAACUGUGCUGCUGUGCUAGAAUUCUGUUCUGUGUUCAGUGUCACCAUGAAGUAUUGAGUGACAGUUUCUUCCAGUCUCAUAAUGGGCUGCUUACUGUAGAAAGAUAUUAGAGGCUGGCUUGAGGGCAGAACCGAAGGGAUUAGACAGCACCUUAUGUCGUUGCUGUUUGGCACAGACCAACUUUGAUUCCACCUUUCCACUUAAUGACAAAUGGUUGUUUGGGAAGUCUGGGAUUUGUGCUAUACUGUGGAAUGAACAUGAGUGGUGCAGUGGCACAGUGGCCUUGUGGCACUGGGGCCUUGGGUUCAGUGCCAGGUAAGGGGUGACACCUGAAUGGAGUCUGUAUCUUCUCCCCAUGUUUGCAUGGGCUUCCUGUGAGAACUGCAUUUUCCUCCCACAGUCCAAAGACAUAGUGGGAGAUGAA